CUGAAAUACAUUUGUCAAGCAGUUGCGUGCGAAUUUAGACUAAUGUCCCCUUCGUUGAAACGGGCAAAAUGCGACAAGGCAGUAGUAUUCCGUUUCUGACAAUUGAAUCUCGCACACCAACACAACACAAACACGAUAAAAUAGCUAACACAAAAUAGGCGUUCAAGAGCAGAGUGGUUGAGCCACAACGGCGAAUAGUCGCCAGUGUUGAACGAGUGUUCCCAAAAAAGCGAAUGUUCGUCCUAGCGGGUAUUCCAAGUUAGCGAGAGUUCCAGCCGGUCCAAAAACGAAAGGCGGCAGACGUCCGUGCAGUUCGUAGUUUCCCAGAGCAGCGGUGAGGUCGGAAGAAGAAGCCUCGUUCUCGGUCUUUCUCUUCCUUAUUUAGGUAAUUCUUGAAACAUUUCAGAAUUGCGCGUCACAAAGGACACAAAGAGUUCGCAUCACACGGACCAAAGAGCAUUAGAGAAAACCGCGUCACAUGAUAAGGACUUAAAAAGUAUGAAAGGAAACAGUUUCACAAAGAACUGCAUUAUAACAACUUAAAAGCAUGAUGGGAAAAUAAAGAGAACAGAGAAUAAAAAUACACACACACAUUACAAAGCAUAUUUUAUCAUCGAGGAGGCGCGUGUCUCGUGCCCAGCUUGUCUAUGUAGUUCAUCCUUGGACGUAGCUGUAAUGACAAACGUGUGUCAGUAGAUGUCAGUGUUGCAUCACUUUCAAUUAGCGCUCGCCACAGAUUUUGAGUCGAAGAUAAAAAGUAGGUGGUGAAUCUGGGCGUGUCACGUCGAGUAUGACGGAGAGAAAUGCCAACUACGACCCGGACAGUUCGGGCUUCAUCAGCACCGAGCGCUUCAGGGACCUGUUGGCGGCGCACGGCUCCGAGCUGGACCCCCACAAGCUCGAAGUCCUGUUGGCCCUCGCUGACGGGAACUCUGACGGAAAGAUCUGCUACCAGGACUUCGUCAACCUGAUGAGCAACAAGCGCUCCAAUAGUUUCCGGAGGGCCAUCCUCCAGGGGAGCAGGCACCUCAAAGGCGGCAGUCUGCGGGACGAGGUCGGCCUGGGCCUCUCUCAGCGCCUGGUCCGGCAUGUCGCUUACGAGACGCUGCCCCGCGAAGUGGAUCGCAAGUGGUACUUUGACAGCUACAACUACUGGCCCCCGCCCUGGCUGAUUCUGACCAUCACCAUUCUCGAGGUCGUCGUUUUCUUUUAUUACGGUUGCCAUCUGGACCGCCUGGUUCUGCAAGUGUCCAGCCCGUCGUUCCUCAAGAGUCCGCUACCUUACCACCCCCAGCUCCGGGCCCAGGCCUGGAGAUACCUCACCUACAUUUUCAUGCACACCGGGAUUGAACACCUGAGCCUGAACAUGGCCAUGCAGCUGCUGGUGGGCGUCCCCCUCGAGAUGGUCCACGGGGCCCCGAGGAUCGGACUGGUCUACGGCUGUGGCGUGCUGGCAGGCUCUCUGGCGGUGUCGGUCACCGACAUGACGGCUCCCGUGGUGGGCUCAUCCGGAGGGGUGUACGCCCUGGUGUCUGCACACCUGGCCAAUGUCGUCAUGAACUGGUCUGGCAUGAAGUGUCAGUUUAAAUUAUUCCGGAUGGCUAUGGCUCUGGUGUGCAUGAGCGUGGAAUUUGGCCGGGCGGUGUGGCUCCGUUUCUACCCGCCGGCCUCUCCUCCUUGCCCCAACCCCAGCUUCGUAGCUCACCUGGGCGGGGUGAUGGUGGGACUCACGCUGGGUGUGGUGGUCCUGCAGAACUACGAGCAGCGGCUGCAGGAACAGUCCCUCUUUUGGAUCUUUUUCUGCGUCUACACCUUGUUCGUGCUCUGCGCCGUCUUCUGGAACAUCUUCGCCUACAGCCUGCUCGACGUGCGGUUGCCCCCGCCGCCGUGACGCCCGUCGGUACUUCCGUCGCUGACGCGGACGACUCCCGAGCUCGAACGCGGACUCAGUCGCAGCGGCGGACGCGAUCUUCAUCCUACGGCCUGUGCGAGGGCGCUGCAACGCAAAAGUCCCUUUUCUCCGUUUUCAUUCAUUUGCUGCAUUUCUCGAAGCCUUACGAUACCUCAUGCACGUAACAUCGGGUGAGCACACCUCAUCCUCAUCAUCCUUUACAUAGCGGUGCAAAAAAUGUGAAGCCUCAAGGCCGUGUGCACACUCGACGGCCAUCACUAUUUGUCGUCGUACUUAUUCUAUAAUAUAAUGUUGAGCGCUACAAGAAUCUCAUCCAUCGUAGAACUUCCCCAAGCCAAAGUACCGGCAGAUGUAAGAACAAAAGAAAACAAAAGUCUAGCCUAUAAUAUUCCGUCUUCUGUGGUAGUACGAGAGCCGUAACGGGCAGCAAGCAAUUCGGCAGACGUGUGUAAACUUGAAUAUACUGCAAAUCUGUUCACAUGACAAGGAGACCCACAUCUUCGAAGCUUCUUUUACGUCCUGUAAAGGUUGGCAUCUUCACGCCUUUUCCCUAUUUUGACAUUUUGUACGAGGACAACCAACACAUUACUUAAGGUCAUCAUCAUUUUUUUUUAAAUACAGUGAAAAAAAUUAAGUAUUUGAACACCCUGCUAUUAUAUUGCAAGUUCUCCCACUUAGAAAUCACUGAGGGGUCUGAAAUUCUCGUCGUAGGUGUUUGGUUUAAGCAGGGGAACCUUCCGGCCCAUGCGCGAUUUCAAACCUUGACGUCUUCGUGUAUUACCAACAGUCACCAUGGAAACGGUGGUCCCAGUUCUUUUCAGGUCAUUUGCCAAGUCCUGUCGUGUCGUCCUGGGCUGAUUCCUCACCUUUCUAAGGAUCAUUGAGACGCCACGAGGUGAUAUAUCUCGCAUGGGGCUCCACUCCGAUUGAGAUUGACCGUCAUGAUUAGCUUCUUCCAUUUUCUAAUGAUUGCUCAAACUGUGCAGUUUUUUUUCCACCAAGCUGCUUGGCAAUUUCUCCGUAGGCCUUUGCAGCCGUGUGGAGUUGUACAAUUUUUUGUCUCUGGUGUCUUUGGACAGCUCUUUGGUCUUGGCCAUGUUACAAGUUUGAGUCUUACCGAUUGUAUGGAGUGGACAGGUGUCUUGGUGCAGCUAAUGACCUCGCAGAAGUGCAUCUGAUUCAGGGUAAUACCUGGAGUGGAGGUGGACUCUUAAAGGCGGACUAACGGGUCUUUUAGGGUCAGAAUUCUAGCUGAUAGACAGGUGUUCAAAUAGUUAUUUGCAUCUGUAUCACACAAACAAAUCGUUAAAAAAAAAAUCAUACAUUGUGAUUUCUGGAUUUUUCUUUUUAGAUUCUCUCUCUGACAGUGGACAUGCACCUACGAUGAAAAUUUCAGACCCCUCUAUGAUUUUUUUAAGUGGGAGAACUUGCAAUAUAGCAGGGCGUUCAAAUACUUAUUUUCUUCACUUUAUAAUAUCUAUUGGGGUGGCACGGUGGAGCACCUGGAAAGCGUUGGCCCCACAGUUCUGAGGUCGCGGGUUCAAUCACAGACCCGCUUGUGUGAAAUUUGCAUGUCCUCCCGGUGCCUGCGUGGGUUUUCUCCGGGUGCUCCGGUUUCCUCCCACAUCCCAAAAACAUUAUUUGGACACUUCAAAUUGCCCCUAGGUGUGAUUAUGAGUGUGGCUGUCUGUCUCAAUGUGCCCUGCAAUUGGCUGGCAACCAGUUCAGGGUGUACCCCGCCUCCUGCCUGUUGACAGCUGGGAUAGGCUCCAGCACUCCCCGCGACCUUUGUGAGGAUAACCGGCUAAGAAAAUGGACGGAUGAUAUCUAUUUGUGGACGUAGUCUCUGCUCCUUGCUACACUCAACCUGAUGGUGCCUGCUCAUGAAACUCGGAAUGCGCAACUCUUGAUUUUGUUUGUUUAAAUGUUAUGAUAUGUCAGGAUCCGAUACAUAUAUAUUUUUUUUUUGUCUAAAAAGAAAAAAAUAAUGUUUUGGAUGGGGUUUUUCCAUCUCACCUCCGCGAUAAGCAUUAGGCUACCGUAAGAUGCAACAUUCUGGUUAAUUUCAAGUUCAUCGUUAGAUGAUGUAACUUUCAUUUCAUCUUCAGGCUUCUUUGUACUCAAUAUGAACUUCUUCCAUUGUGUCUUUGACUUUGUGUGUACAGCUCAACGCACAAGUGCCAUUCAGAAUUGUAAACUUUCAGACGUGAUGCCAAACCGUUGUGUGUAGAGAUUGAUGAAAGUCCCCAAAGAUGUUUUACUAUCGAUGGUGAGCAACUAGCUGUAUCGUUACAACCGAACGGGCAGAAGAAGACGUCGGCGUGACUUGACUGUCGAAACUGGCGUCGGUCACGAUGCAAAACGUGGCAAAGAAAUCGCGACCCGCCAGAACAUAAACACGGUUGUGUAAUUGACUCGAGCUGUCAACAGUAAAGUACUCGUAACCUCGUUACUUUGGUAACUGCUUUGCACACGCCUGAUUCUUGUGUAUUUCAACGGAUUAACGUGUUUGCUGUUUUUACUCUGAGGUAUUUCUGUUGUGUGCAUCGUGUGCUCUGUCUGCAUUGUAUAGGAAUCUUGGAUGCAUCCUAUUUCAAAGUGAGUAAAAAAAAAAAUAAAAAAUGGCUGCCUAUGUAUCGUCAGGGCUGUGAUAUAACACUGAUGAGUACUAAUAUUUUAACAGUGUGGAUAUUUUGUAGAUUUGAUAUGUACAUACUGGAGUACAUUAAAC